AUGGGGAGGCUGCUGCUAUGGGUUGGGCUGCUGUUUCUGCUGCAACACCAGGAUGGGGCUGCCUACAAACUGGUGUGUUAUUUCACCAGCUGGGCAUAUAGUCGACCUGGCCCUGCCUCCGUCUUGCCUCGUGACCUGGACCCCUUCCUCUGUACCCACCUGAUAUUUGCCUUUGCCUCCAUGAGCAACAAUCAGAUCAUUGCCCAGGAUGCCCAGGAUGAGAAAGUUCUCUACCCAGAAUUCAACAAACUCAAGGAGAGGAAUAGGGAACUGAAAACACUGCUGUCCAUUGGAGGGUGGAACUUUGGCACAUCAAGGUUCACCACUAUGCUGUCCACCUUUGCCAACCGUGAAAAGUUUAUUGAUUCCGUUGUGUCCUUCCUGAGGACUCAUGGCUUUGAUGGUCUGGAUCUAUUUUUCUUGUAUCCUGGACUACGAGGCAGCCCCCUGCAUGACCGCUGGACUUUCCUCUUCUUAAUUAAAGAGCUCCAGUUUGCUUUCCAGAAGGAGGCCCUGCUCACCAAACGCCCGAAGCUGCUGGUCUCUGCCGCUGUCUCUGGCAUCCCAUACAUUGUCCAAACAUCUUAUGAUGUACGUCGUCUAGGAAGACUCUUGGAUUUCAUUAAUGUCUUGUCUUACGACUUACAUGGAAGCUGGGAAAAGUUCACAGGGCACAAUAGUCCCUUAUUCUCUCUUCCUGAAGACUCCAAAUCUUCGGCCUAUGCUAUGAAGUACUGGAGGAAGCUUGGGGCGCCCUCACAGAAGCUCAUCAUGGGGUUCCCCACCUAUGGUCGCACCUUUCGCCUCCUCAAGGCCUCUGAGAAUGGAGUGCAGGCUGCAGCGAUGGGACCAGCAUCUCCGGGGAAGUACACCAAGCAAGCUGGCUUCUUGGCUUACUAUGAGGUUUGCUCCUUUGUCCAAAGAGCGAGGAAGCACUGGAUCGACUAUCAGUACGUCCCGUAUGCCUACAAGGGGAAGGAGUGGGUUGGCUAUGAUGAUGCCACCAGCUUCAGUUACAAGGCAAUGUUCGUGAAGAGAGAGCAUUUUGGAGGGGCCAUGGUAUGGACAUUGGACAUGGAUGAUGUCAGAGGCACGUUCUGUGGUACUGGGCCUUUCCCCCUUGUUUGUGUAUUGAAUGAACUCCUGGUACAGCCUGAGUUCAACUCAACUCCACCACCACAACUUUGGCUAUCAUCUGCUACAAAUGCUUCAAGGUCUGACUCCGAAAGGGUGGCUGUGACAAAGGCAAUGACCACUGGAAUUAUUAAGAAUUUUCCCCCAGGAGGAGAGGCUGUGGUCACUGAGGUCCACAGAAAAUAUGAAAAUAUGACUACAAUUCCAAGAGGUGGAUUGGUGACCCCUUUAAGAGAAACACUAUUUCUUAUUGCAGAAGAGGAGACUGAGACCCAAAUUAUGACCUCAGCAGACUCUCCAUCUGUGGCCACUACUGGGAUGACAGAAAUCACUGAAGGACAGUCCAUGUCCACAGUGAGUCGUCAGUCUGUCACCUCUGGGGAGAUAGGCAUGACCCCUACGCACCUUCUGACCAAGACCCUCAGUGAGAAGGAAGCUCCUGGAAAUAAGGGUGUGGCCCCAAAGAAGGUCAAGGUCCUCUUCAGAACGAAUGCAGUCACCCCUACGGGACAGCAUGUGAUGCUUACAGGGGAGAAUUUGCUUUCUGAGAGGGAAACUGACCCCAUGAUGGUUGAAACUGGUCCUUAG